CAGCGCAUCAAUUCAGUCCGGCUAGCUGGAAUUGGGAGACAUGAGGCUGACGCCGCCCGAAUAGCCUAUGAUUUCCCAACGGAGUGCCAUUCCCGUCAUUCCCCAAGCGUAUUCGUAUUCGACCUGAGUAUACGGGCGACUUUUCUUGUGCAGUUCGGUUACCCUGAACUCGGUAGGCUGCAGCCUUGCGUCGAAAAACAUGAUAGAAAUAUGAACAUGGCAAGUGUGUACGGAGCCGUCGACUCAAGUCGAAGUUCUGUUGCAGACAAUCCAAACAGCACAGCCACGUCCAUGCCACUGCCAGUGCUGAAGAGUUGCCAACACGAAAUUCUGAACAUAAUCAUGCACCCGUCGAAGUCCAUAAAGAGAAGUUGUUACUCGGAUUGGUUUGAGCAUUACUUGGAGAGCAGAGUCAGGAAUUUCUCCCGCACCCCACUUGGGCAAUCUCUCAUCCCAUUCAUUUCGGUGGAAGGAAGCCCUAUCAAUGGUCAGUCAGGCGUUGUAAUCAGCAUAUAUCAAAUUUUGGUCAUCAUCGCGAGAGAGGUCGUCUCUGGGGGAACCUCCAUCAAUACCAUAGCUCAAAGAGUGAUGGACUUAAAGCCAGAGACCAGGUCAGCCUCUCCUUAUCGAGUCUAUAAAUUCAUCUUCAAAUGCAUUGCUAUGAUCACUCUAUUGUUCGAUGCUUCCGACGAUAUGGCUUCAUCUAAGCUUCAACUUCAACUACCAAAUGCAUCUUCGCGGAAAAAGUCUCGGUUCAAGCAGAGCUCCAUCUGGAUCCGCAUGGAAUGUCCGAUAUCUGACACCAGUGGUGGAACUAUGGACAUGGAUAUUGACCAUUUGAUGUCGCACUUCGGAAACCUGGCACCUUCUCGCUCGUACCCAUCUUUGGGCCAUAACCAGGACCUUUACAAGAACACGAUCAUAGCAUCAAAUCUAAACUAUCAUACGCUCUCGAAAAUCGGCAAGCUCACCAUUGAAUGGGUUGAAUCUCUGAGUCUUCAUCUGGAGCUUCACGAACGGACUUCUGUUGUUAGGGUCUUUCAGUUUCCUUCAUUUUGCGCCCUUGUUUGUAGCCAGAUGGAUGGUCAAGAGACCCUGUUAUCGAAACUGAUAUCAAAUGGAACUUCGGAGCUCCAGCCUGAUGAAUUGCUAAACAAUGGACAACAGUAUACCUAUAGCAGAGAUUUUCUAAUUGAAGUGCUAUGCUCGUACCGGCUUCUCUUUGGACAACACCACAAGUCAUACACAGCGUUUCCUGGAAUUUGCCCAGGUGGAUUUCAAGACCCCCUUCUGCAACAGCUUUGUGGUACUUCUUGCAAAAGACACGACUUCUAUGACGAGUUAGAAGUCGGCGACAGCAAAGCUAUGUAUUCUGCUGCAUCCGACUUUCCUCUGAUCGGCCAAAGAAUCUUAACUCUACAAGACUACAUGAAUUCGCAGAACCCAAGCGAUUUGAGAACCUUGUGGUAUGACAAGAGGGAUAUACUACGUUGGUACACAUUCUGGGCAGUCGUAUCGGUUGGUGGGCUUGGGAUAUUGCUGAGUAUUGUUUCAGUUGCAUUGACUGCAGCCCAAGUCUCACAAGGGGCACAAAGUCUGAAGUCACAAAGUACAAAUAGCUAAAAACGAAGGGACUCUGUUGCCAGUCUGAGUAUGAUUUCAUUCAAGUAGACGUCAAGGGGAAGAAAUAAUCUCAAAUGACCCUCGGAAAGGACAGUCUUACACAAAGCAAUACAUGGCACAUUGAAAGCUCCUGACCUCC